AUGUACGACCGAGCUCCUCGCGCCUUGACUGUGCCCUUGGGCUGCACCGGCUCCCGCCUGGGCCCGGGCGCCUAUGAGCUGCUUCCCAGGACUCCUCCGCUCAGAGUGGGAUAUGCUCCGUUUCUUUCUCUGACCAGUCGAGGCUUUGGAAGUAUUUCUCAAAAUGCUGAGAAUGACCUUCCAGGGCCAGGACACUAUGAUGUUGUCAAGAUACAGAAAAUUGUCAGAGGGGGCCACAGCCCUCAGUAUAAAGAGAAACGUUUCAGAGAGAUUCGCAGUAAUACUCCAGGUCCUGGAACCUAUCACCAACCUUCAGUGGGUGUGGAAAUCCAAAGUAAGAUGAAGCAAUCAUCUAAAGUCCCUGAGGUUCAGAAAGUUGCCAGCAGUAUGAAACUGUUCCGAAAGACAGAUGCUCCCUCUAUCCCAUCCCGAGGGCAAACAUUUGGUUAUGAAGAGAAUGAGGAUGGCACUCUUGUCAAACAUAACCCUCCUGAUAAAGAUGAAACUUUGGGUCCAGCAUACUAUCAGGCAGACCCAAAUGAUCCUUCCAUUACUAUGAAAUAUAAGGGAGUGCAUUUUGGCAGUUUGACAGGAAAGCGACAUGGAUUUAAGCCACGUGAGGGCCCUGGACCUGCUGACUAUGAUAUAACCCAGGAAAGUGCUGCAUAUUAUGACGAGAAUGUCAGCAUCAAGAAGGAAGGCCUGAAAAAAUAUGACCCCUACGUUCCACGGUAUCAUGAAAUAAUAGUAAUACAAGCAGAAAAGAAGGGUGUUCCAGGUCCUGGACAAUACAAUAUAAAAAGUCAAUUUCAAAAGGCAGAAGACACACCACAAAGCGGAAAUGAAGUCGCUCCUUUUCUUUCAUUUUCUGAGAGAUUUGAACCCGUGAAAUCGUCCGCCCCAGCUCCUGGCACAUAUAAUGAGACACGCUGUGCUCUUGAGUCCUUGAAGAAAGCAUAUAAAAAUGUCCCAUUCGGUCACACUUCUGUUCGAUUUCCUGAAGACUCCAGGCCGCGAAAAACACCAGGUCCUGCAUUCUAUAAUAUCCUCAAUUACAGAAUAUCAGCAGAAAGUUCUAAAAAAGCUUCUUUGGGGAAAAAGAAGAAAGGUGCAUUUGGUUCUUCAUCACCUAGGUUUCUAUAUUUAGUGAAGAGGGAAGCUUUUAAUACCCCUGGCCCCGCUGAUUAUCAGUUCAAAGACGGCGCCAAAGCAUCGCGUAAAAAAGAAAAGCAAUUGUCUGGUUUUUUGUCGGCAACAGAGAGGAUUCCAGUAACGAGCACGGAAGCUCCACCACCGGGGUCAUACGAUGUUCAAAAAUCAUUUGCAAAAUCUCAAGGAAAACGCGAGUACAUGCCCCCCCGAACUACAGUGGCUAAAAGAAAACAUGCUUCUUUUCUCAGUGGAACAUCUAGGCAAGGUUUGCCUAAGACCGUGAUUCCAGGACCAGGGGCAUACGAUCCAGUUGUGAAGUCUACAUCCUGUCUUACUUUAUGGGUUUCUCGGAUGGAGCGUUUCAAAGACGCAAAGGAGGAUACUCCUGGCCCUGGAGCAUAUGAGCUGAGUCCACUCUUUAGAGAUACUGUGCUGAAGAGAACAUACAACUCCACACUGAAUAACCCAGUUGCAAUUCAAAUAGAGGAGAGUUACAAACCCCAAAUAGACAGAGAAGACCUUCUCUGUGUGUCUCAGGAAGUGAUCUUAAGAGACAAGGAAAAAUGAUGCAGUACCUGACAUGUGGUAACGAGUGAGCCCAUCUGAAUGCUAUCUUU